CGCAUAGACAACCCUGCGUGCUGCAUUCAGCUUUUCAGCAGAUUUGCCUGCGAAAUCGAACUUCACGAAAUUUAACGACAGUCACGACUCCCAUAUUCUCACCCGAGAGUAACGACGAGCAAGCCAUCUGUGCCUUUCCACGCAGUAGGACGCGAGUCGUUCAACAGUGACUGCGCUGUUGGUUUAGAAGAGACGGUCAGGAGCCUAUAUCUGGUACUGCGAUCUGUGAUCCAGUAUUCAAAAUGACGCUUGCUGAGGAGUUCCGCUCCAGGAAUUUCAGCAUCUAUGGACAAUGGACCGGCGUGUUAUGCAUUAUCUUGUGCUUUGCGCUUGGAAUCGCCAACAUCUUCUCCUUCAACGCGCUACGAAUCGUCUUCAGUAUAGUAUGCCUUAUCUGUUCAUUCCUGAUCAUCUUCAUCGAAAUUCCCUUCUUGCUGAGGAUCUGUCCUACGUCCUCUAAAUUUGACGCCUUUAUCAGACGAUUCACCACGAUUUGGAUGCGCGCAGUGGUGUACUUGGCGAUGAGUAUUGUUCAGUGGAUGAGUCUCUUCUCGGGCGCGUCGAGCUUGAUCGCAGCCGCCGUUUUCCUCCUCAUAGCAUCUCUUUUCUACGCCCUGGCCGGACUCAAGAGCCAAGAAUUUGUUGGCAGCAAGACAUUAGGGGGCCAGGGACUUGUGCAGAUGAUUGUCUGAAGAGAAACGGGGAGUGAGAAACAUGAUGGGCGAGGCUUGUUCUUUUGAAUUCCCGGUUCCGCUAUUCUAUCGGUGCAGUGAGCAAAACGCUCGAUACCACGAUGAAAUCAUUUUACAUAGGAAGUGAAAAUGUCGAGCGAUGAGGAGAAG